AUGUGUGAAACAAAUGAAAUGAUUUCAGUGCUGCAUAAAAAGUACAAUUCAAAUUUCUCAAAUACUUCUAAACCGGAUGGUCGCGAAAUACAAAUUCAGUACGGAAAAGGUUCAAUGAAAGGAUUUGUUUCAUUAGACACUAUUGCCGACUUAUGCGUUACAGAUCAACCAUUUGCUGAAGCAACUUCUGAACCUGGUAUCACAUUUGUCAUGGCAAAAUUUGAUGGUAUAUUAGGUAUGGCAUUUCCAGAAAUUGCUGUCCUUGGCUUAAAGCCAGUGUUUAACACGAUGAUAGAUCAAAAAGUCAUACCGGAAGCAAAAUUUGCAUUUUGGCUCAAUAGAAAUCCGACUGAAGACUUCGGAGGAGAAAUCACAUUUGGUGGUGUCGAUGACCGUCGAUUUGUGGCUCCAAUUACUUAUACGCCAGUGUCGAAAGUCGGAUAUUGGCAGUUCAAAAUGGAUAGCAUUCAAGGUGAAGAUGGAGCACUUGCUUGCGCUCAAGGAUGUCAAGUUCGUUGCAUAAAUUUCACCAUCAUUUUGUGUUUAACAAAACCAGUGAUAUUUAACCUUGUUUAA